AUGCACCGACCCGACCCGCACGAGCACUUUCCCGACGGUGGUCUCAGGUCGUGGCUGGUGGUGCUCGGCUCCUCGCUGCUGAUCACGUCGACUUACGGCCUCAUGAACUCGGUGGGAGUGCUGCAAUCCUACCUCGAGACCCACCAGCUGGCCAACUAUACCAGCAGCGCGGUGGGCUGGGUUCCGGGGUUGUUCAUGUUCAUCUUGCUAGCCGGGGGGGUCUUCGUCGGACCGUUGUUUGACACCUACGGCCCCAAGGCACUGGUGAGCGCCGGGUCUGCGAUCUACGUCGCUGCCAUAUUCUUCACCGCGGAGUGUACGCAAUACUGGCAAUUUGUCCUCAGUUUCGGCAUACUGGCUGGGGUGGGUGGCGCCUUGGUGAGCACGGUCGCGAUCUCCUGCGUGCCACAUUGGUUCCAGGCGCGCAUCGGGAUGGCGAUGGGGCUGGCGCUGGUCGGUGCAGGCGUCGGGGGAGUCGUAUUCCCGUUUCUGUUGAAGGCCUCCUUCGCGAGGGUUGGCUUCCGAUGGGGGAUGCGAAUUCUGGGAUUUGUGAUCCUGGCGGCCUGCGGGCUGGGGUCGUUUCUGGUGAAGGCGCGGCUGCCCAAGGGCGAGAAGUUGAAGACGGCGAUUGAUGCGCGGUGCUUCCGGGAUUCGAGAUUUUCCUUGCUGACGAUGGGCAUUUGGUUCCUGGAACUCGAAACCUUCGCCCUCCUCGGCCUCCUUCCGACGUACGUGGUGGCGCUGGGAUUUAGUGUCAACGCCAGCGUGAACCUCCUUGUCGUGCUGAACGUCUGCUCAAUCGUCGGACGUCUUCUCGCAGGCCGAGUGGGCGACAAAUACGGCCGUCUGAACACCCUUCUCGUCCUGGUGACGUCUGGCAUUCUGGCCAUCUUCGUCAUCCUGUAUCCCUUCAGCCACUCUUUGACAGCGCUGUACUUCUUCAGCGCUCUGUACGGCCUCAGCUCGGGAUCCUUCCUCAGCCUGUCUCCGGUCUGCAUCCGGCAGGUUUCCCCCGGCAAAGAGAUUGGGAUGCGCUUUGGGACUUGUUACGCGUUGGUCAGCUUUGCUGUGUUGAUUUCUAUUCCCAUUGGCGGAGAGAUGUUGGAGAAGGUCGGUCCGCGCAUUGUGAUUGUCUGGUUGGGUUGCGUGCUUGUGCUGGCGAUGUUGCUUUUCGUGACGGCCAGGUGGGCAUGUUUGGACUAUAAGUGGCAUUGGAGGAUUCGCGUGUGA